UCUAGCAGCACUCGCUGGUGUCGCGACAACACGCCAACAGCGCAGCGAUCUCAGGUAUCGGCUUCGGGGGCUAAACCGAGCACAAUUCUCACUCUCUCACUGGGACAGCUACAACAACGUAAAGUGUAAAGUGUAACGUCCAGGUAGAAUCCAAACUCAAAGUGACAGUGUGUUUAGGGGGGCUCUGUGGGGUUUCCAAGCGCCACGCCCCCUUCCCUGACUGCUGGGUGGUCCAUAGAACAGCGUGCCCCCGUGCCGUGUGCUGGGCGGACCAAGUGAAACAGAAAAGAGGGGUAAAAAAAAAAGGAUAAAUGAAGAACAAGAGAAAUCCAACUAACUUGUGUAUCUUCAGACGUGGAAAUGUCGUUAAAUAGUGAUCGCACAGAAGCAGCUGCUGUGUCAGUGUUGUUAGAAGCACGACGACUAAUUCACACGAUCGCUUUUUGUGGGAAGGUUCAGACUUAAUGACACUGGUGAUGACAUUUCGACCGGACGCUGGGAAACUCAAGCCCCGUCAACGGAGAUAAACGAUUGUUCUGGUGAAAAGUUCAGUGAUCAUUAGGUUCUGCACUGAUGGAGGGGAUCACAUCCUAAAGGAAACAAACCGUUCAGGAUUCUUCCGGGUAGCGACAUGUGAUGAUGAUAAUGAUGAUGAGGAUAUGUCAAAGUGAUGACAGAAGAUGCAGGAAGCUGGUGGUGGGAAGUGAACACCUGUGUCAUGUCUCCAAAGCAGUGAAACCCAUGUGGUCCUGAACUGAUAGUAACGGGGUUCAAAACUCGCUCUCUCCAUGCUGUUGCAGACCAUGGAGGAGAACUGUACGCUCCGACCCUGCGCCACCGACUUCUCCAUCGCCGCCAUUAUGGCGCGGCACGACCGUCGCAGUCGCAACAAGCAGCAAGAGGCGUCGGAUACUCUGUCACCACUAGAGAAGUUCGUGGAGACGACAACUACGUCUUCGUCCGUGGCGAGUAGCUCUCCUGAGCCGACGACGCCACGACCAAGCAAAGAAGAUGAACUAGAAGAAGAGGGUCGUGAGAGUCCUCCAGAGAUAUCGUCGUCUACGUCAGACUGCAGCGCGGGACAUUCGGGCGGUCGAGGAGGCAAAAAGUCGCCCCCAACGUCACCAUCGCCGCCAAAGAAUCCGCUGCUACAGGAACGCUUCAGCUGCGAGGAACUGCGCCAUGUUGUCUGUCACCUCGAGACCAAGGACUUGUGGGACAAGUUCAAUGAGCUGGGCACCGAAAUGAUCAUCACAAAAUCAGGAAGGCGGAUGUUCCCCACGUGCCGCGUCUCCUUCACGGGUGUUAGACCCGACCAAAGGUACGCCGUGCUGAUGGACAUUGUUCCGGUGGACAACAAACGGUAUCGGUACGCGUACCACCGGUCAUCGUGGCUCGUGGCCGGUAAGGCCGACCCUCCCGCCCCCUGUCGCCUUUACAUGCACCCCGAUUCGCCCUUCACCGGGGAGCAACUCAGGAAGCAGGUCGUCUCCUUCGAGAAAGUCAAACUCACCAACAACGAGAUGGACAAGCACGGCCAUCUGGUUCUCAAUUCGAUGCACAAAUACCAGCCACGGAUCCACCUCGUGAAGCGUCACGAAUCAUCCGGAAGUUCUCCUAUCACAGAUCUGGAGUCUGAAGAAUUCAAAACGUUCAUCUUCCCAGAGUCGGUUUUCACAGCGGUAACAGCGUACCAGAACCAGCUGAUCACCAAGCUCAAGAUUGACAGCAAUCCAUUUGCUAAGGGCUUUCGGGAUUCCUCGAGACUCACAGAAUUUGAAAGGGAGACGAUGGAGUCCAUGCUGGCGGAACAGCACUACCUGCGUUCCCCUCUGCGUCCCUUCACCGAGUUGGACACCCACAACAACAACCUAACACUGGAGGAGAAAGCGUUACUUGCAGCGCGGUCUCAGCUGUUCCUGCGUGCAGCGGCAGCCGCUGCUGGUCCAUAUGCCCCUCUCAUGGGUCCCAUGUGUUCCCUGUACGGCGCCGCAAGUGGUGCUGGCCCCGGGGGCGGUGGGAGCGGAGUUCCUCCGGGCAUGCUAUGGAGUCAGUGGGCGUGUCUGGGCCCUUCACUCCUUGCGGCACACCACCAACACGCGCAACAUCUGGUGGCAGCUGCUGCAGCUUCUAGCAACGCUGUCGCUGUUGCUGCCGCCACUGCCUCUCACCAGGGUCCUUCACCGGCCCUUCCUCGGCCACUCUACCCCCCACAACUGACCAGUGGCCUCUCGCAACACCGGUUCUCACCUUACGGGCCACCGGCGAGCAGCACCAGGAGAACCGUGUCACCAGUGUCACCAGUGACGUCACCGGACAGUAUCCAGGAUACUUCAGAGAUUUCGUCCCACAGUCCCAGUCUGACGUAGGCAUGGACAUACCGAUGUGAGGUUAUCAUGAUGACGAAUGUUUCCGGGUAAUGACACAUGGUCACUUCUACACUGGAGGCUAUGAAGCGACACAACCAUCUACCAGACUACGAAUGGACAAUGUUAUGACCUCUAAGAUAAAGAAGAGAAGCCUUCUCUUUUGGCCAUUUUAUCAACUUAAAUGGCCGCCUCUGUGGUCUAGUGAUCAGAGUUCCUGGCUACAUAUGCACAGGUCCCGGGUUCGA